AUGGUUAACGCGCACUUUCGUUUCGAACGACUUAGUGAUCGGUGGAGCGAGCGUUUAGCUGAGAUGGAAACUCCUGCGAUCGGUCAUAGAUAUGCUAUAGUGAAGCUAUACCAAGGUCUGGAUGAAGUCAUCUUUGAGAAACUGCUGAAAGGUCUGGGACUUGCCGUUGUGUUUACAAACGACCCGUCAAACUGCAACCAGAACAGCAUACGAGAGAAAACUAUUCCGACGGAGCUAAAAUCUGAAGUGCAAUCUAUGCUGGAUCCUUUUAUCCGAGAAUAUGCCAACUUGCUCAGAUUUAUUGAAGCCAACAUCAAUGCUGACGUACAGAAGCCACCAGCUGAGAUUACUGGCCAUAAGGUAACUGUGGAAUGCAAAGUUGGUAAACCAAUUGUUUUGUGCUCAGAUGCUUUAGAAAAGAAAACUGUAACGUGCAUGCUUUGCAAGGAAGAAGUGCUGCGUGAAAGGAGCGCUAUAAAAUCUCAUGUGCAAUCGCAUUCUGGUAAACGAUACGGAUGCGAUCUAUGCAAAUAUCACACGGAUCGUAAAUUUGAUUUUACCCGUCAUGUUCGUCGACGUCAUGCUGGUCAAGCUGAACCACCCGAAAUUGGAUGUCGCCCACAUUGGAUGACCAUGCUAAAGUCAUGUUUUCCCACCUAUGGCGAUGUGGGAAAGUACCGCAAGAUCAGAAAAAUGAAAAUUGAGCAAAAAGUCACAGAUUUCAAAAACACUGAGAAGGAAAGACAGAGCAGCACUGUCGAAGAGUAUCAAGAAGCAGAAAGAAAUACGAGCACCAGUGGUUCUUCUUUAAACUGUUGA